UAAUCUAAGUAUCAAGCAGUUUCUCAGUUUUUCAUCUGAUGCGGUUGAAUCUAGUUGCAUUUAUUUUUUUUCUACAAAUAUAUACAUACAUAUAUAUACUGAUUAGUAAUAAUUACUGUCUUUAUUUUUUUUCUAUUGAUCUUAUUAGGCAUCAAAGUGAAUAAGUUUUAAGUGAAAAAAGUGCUAUUGGUAUUUGAAAUGAAUUUAAAAAAGCGAGAUAGCAAAGAUUACAGUGUCUGGUGAUUCGUAGGACACACCUGGUGAACAAAAAAAAAAUAAUACAACCAAGAAAAUAUAAACACAAGUAAAUAUUAAUGGAGCAUGAAUAAUUGAUAAGUAUGAAAAAAUAAUUAUUAUCUUAAUGAAUUGUCUGGGAUUACAAUAAAAUGAUGAACACGAUAAAAGAGUCCACUAAACACAGAUAGAAAGUCAUCGGCCAAAAGUGGUGACCAAGAUGGCGGAGUCAAGUUAUUAUCAGAGUGAUUAUUCUAGACAACCGGUUGUCACAGAAUUGUCACACAAGUAUGGAAUUGCAGGGAGUGACCAAGUGCCUCUUCCAGCGCGGCUUGAUGAAUUACGUGAGCAUAUUCGCCGUGAAAUUCGAAAGGAGUUAAAAAUAAAAGCUGGUGCAGAGAAGCUACGUGAAGUAGCGUCGGGACGUAAAGCUUUAUCGGACGUUGCAAUUAUUGUGAAAAAAGCUAAUAGUAAAUUAAAUGAACUACAUGCUGAAUUACAGCAGCUUGAGAGUCAAAUAAUUUUGACUCAAGGCCAGCCGCAAUCACCACAAAGAGACUAUUCCAAUGGUCAAGAUACACUUUCAUCACCUGUUGAUUCAUCAUCUCCAAGUCAAGAAGGACUUAUAACAGACUUACGACUUUUAUCAUUAGAAAAGCAGCUAAAUAUUGAAUUAAAAGUAAAACAAGGAGCUGAGAAUAUGAUUCAAAGUUUGACCAGCGGUCAUAAAGAUAAAAAGUUAUUGCAAGAAGCUCAGCAAAUGUUGGAUGAUUCUCGAGCUAAAAUUGAAUUUCUUAAAAUGAGAAUAAUGAAAGUUCGACAAGCAAGACAACAGCAAAAUGCUCGAGGUGAAUCACCUUUUCCUAAUGGUGAAACGCCAGGUAAUAAAGACAAGUACGAACCAAGUUUGGAGUUGGCUCUCGAAGAACGAGUAGAAGAACUUCGGCAUAGAUUGAGGAUUGAAGCUGCUGUAGUUGAAGGAGCUAAAAAUGUUAUUCGUCUUUUACAAAGUGCCAGAGUUGCUGAUAAAAAAGCUCUUACUGAAGCUCAAGCAAGUCUUUCAGAGUCUAGUCGAAAGUUAGACUUGUUGAGGAUGGCACUGGAUCUUAGAAGACAAGAAUUACCACCUGACAGUGCUACGGCUGUUCAAUUAAAACGAGAAUUAGCGAGCGUACAAUCUGCAAGUCCUGUACCUGUGACCUAUACAUCUCUACAGCCAUUUCGUGGACCUCUCGAAGGACGUGCUGCUGUUCCAGUUUCUGUUUCGCGAUGUGCAGCAGUCACCGGACAGUUGGAGGUCAGAUUAAUGGGGUGCCAAGAUCUUGCUGAAGAAGUACCAGGUCGAACACGUAGAGAACAUCAUCCUGCUAGUCCAGAUCUCCGUAGUUUCGUUAAAGGUGUCACGGGGCGUAGCUCAAGUAAAUCGUAUAGUGUAAAAGAUGAAACUUGCAAUGAUAUAAUGGCUGUUAUUAAAUUGGAUAAUCAAACUGUCGCUCAAACAAGUUGGCGGCCAUGCUCCCAACAAGCUUGGGACCAAAGGUUCUCUAUUGAAUUAGACAAAUCUCGUGAGCUUGAAAUUGGAAUUUAUUGGAAAGAUUGGCGAUCACUCUGCGCUAUUAAAUUUUUACGUCUUGAGGAGUUUAUUGAUGAUGUACGACAUGGAAUGGCACUUCAACUUGAACCUCAAGGUUUACUUUUUGCCGAAAUUAAAUUUCUUAAUCCUAUGAUUUCGAGAAAACCAAGACUUCAAAGGCAAAGAAAAAUAUUUAAACAGCAAGCUAAAAACUUCCCUAGAGCCAACCAAAUGAAUAUCAAUGUUGCUACCUGGGGAAGACUUCUCAAAAGAUCCGCACCUUCGUUACACAGUACAAGAAGUUCUGAAAGUCCUCCGUCAGGCUCACAAGCGUUGCAACUUACAUUCGAUGCACCAGUUGAGGAUAAAGCGGAAACACCUGGAGAAUUACCGGAUCCUGAAAAAGGUGGACUUAGCGGUACUCGUCCUCUAGGGAUGUCUUCAUCGAGUAACAGCUUGUCAGCGCAAAAUCACCCACCUUCGCCUUCUACGGCUCCACCACCACCUCCACAGUCUAUUCCUUUAUCCAAGAAACCGUCUACGAGCGUGCCUCCACCACAGCCUCCGAAACUUGAUCCAGAUUUACAGAAUGCACUUAAGGAGUUUGAUUUUCUGCACAACGAGGACAAAAUGGGUGCAAAUUUAAGGCCUCUUGUCACGGAGCCUCGUCCCGUACUGAUAGCACCACCUUCUCCGCGCACUCCCUCGCCUCAACCUGUCAUCGAGUUUCCCGAGGAUGAGGUUUUAUAUGAGAUGCCAAUAAGACCUAUGCAAUAUCGAGACAGUGCCUACGAAUCUCGACGACAAUCACAAUUAACUGGAAUGACAUUAGAUAACUUCAGAUUACUGUCAGUUCUUGGUCGAGGUCAUUUCGGGAAAGUUAUUUUAUCCCAAUACAAAAAUACCGGAGAAUAUUUUGCGGUAAAGGCUUUAAAAAAAGGUGACAUUAUUGCAAGAGAUGAAGUUGAAUCUUUGCUGUCUGAAAAAAGAAUAUUCGAAGUUGCUAACGCUACAAGACAUCCAUUUCUUGUUAAUUUAUUUGCUUGCUUCCAAACUGAGGCGCAUGUUUGCUUUGUCAUGGAAUAUGCUGCAGGUGGUGAUUUAAUGAUGCAUAUACAUGCGGAUGUAUUUGGAGAGCCUCGUGCUGUUUUUUAUUCCGCCUGCGUCGUUUUAGGGCUACAGUAUUUACACGAGAGCCGGAUUAUUUAUAGAGAUCUAAAGCUAGAUAAUCUUUUGCUUGAUACAGAAGGGUAUGUUAAAAUAGCUGAUUUUGGUUUAUGCAAAGAAGGUAUGGGCUUUGGUGAUCGAACAGGCACCUUUUGCGGUACUCCAGAAUUUCUUGCUCCUGAGGUUCUUACAGAAACUUCAUAUACUCGUGCUGUUGAUUGGUGGGGACUCGGUGUUCUUAUAUUUGAAAUGCUUGUUGGAGAAUCUCCGUUCCCUGGAGACGAUGAAGAAGAAGUUUUCGACUCAAUUGUAAAUGAUGAAGUUCGCUAUCCACGUUUCUUGUCAUUGGAAGCAAUUGCCAUUAUGAGAAGGUUGUUAAGAAAAAAUCCAGAUCGAAGGCUCGGUAGUAGUGAAAGAGAUGCUGAAGAUGUUAAAAAGCAAUCAUUUUUCCGGCAUAUUGCUUGGGAUGAUCUUCUCCUUCGACGUGUGAAACCACCUUUUGUACCAGUAAUUCACUCGGUGGAAGAUGUCAGCAACUUUGAUGAAGAAUUUACGUCAGAAAAACCUCAGUUAACACCACCCAAAGAUCCAAGACCACUCAGCGACCUAGAACAAAGUCUUUUCCGCGAUUUUACAUACAUGGCUGAUUGGUGCUAACACGCCCAAUAUAAAUAUAAAAUACAUAUCCUGAGGAAAAAGAAAAUAAUAAGGAAAUAUAUUUAAACAGAGCAGGUAUCGAGAUCAAUACUAUUGAUCCUCGGUUCACAUGUAUAUUUUUUUAAAUCACUUUUUGACUACUUUAUAAGUUAGUUACACAAUUGAUCAAAGUAUCAUUAAUUGAAAAAAAAUUUUUAAUUAUUUAUAUAAAUUUUUUUUUAUUUCUGCUUUUAAUUAUCAUUUCUAAUUCAGUCAUUUUUUAAUUAAUCAUUUUUAAGUUUAAUUCCAUAUUUCAUAAAAUAUUAAUUUUAUAAGAGUUUAAAUGUUUAGAAAAAUAAUUUUCUAACACUCAUAUUUAAUCAUAUAAGUCUAUUGUUAUUCUUUUAA